UAGACAGGAAGUCAGGAAACCACGUAAGUGUUAGCGCUAGGCGUGACUCGCUCAGUUGUUUUGAGGAAACGAUCUUUACUGAAUCAGAGAAACAGUUGAGUAAACUUCAGAGCCGAGCACUUUCCUAAAGACUCACAUCCACGGUCAGCUCUGCAGCUCAGUAGAGGGAGGGGGCAGCAUGGAGGCAUUCAGCUCCAAGGAUCUGGCCAUGAAGGCCCAGAAGAAGUUCCUCAGCCACAUGGCCAGUAAGUCGAUGGCCCAGAUGAUGGUGGACGACACCAGCGGAGAAGUUCUGGACGAGCUGUACCGGGUCUCUAAGCUGCACACAGGGAACCGUGCCGAGGCCCAGAAGGUCCUGAAGAACCUGGUGAAGGUGGCUGUGAAGGUGGCGAUUCUGAUACGACAUGAUAAAUUCAGCAAAGACGAGCUCAAAGUGGCUCAGGAUUUCAGAAAGAAACUCCACAAUGGGGCCAUGACUGCUAUCAGCUUUCAGGAGGUGGAGUACACCUUUGAUAAAGCAGUGAUGAUUGAAAUUCUGAAUGAAUGCCGUGAUCUGCUCAUCCACCUGGUGGAGAAUCAUCUCACUCCGAAAUCCGUCGGCCGAAUCCAGCACGUCUUCAACCACUACUCGGACCCGGAGCUGCUCACUCACCUGUACGAGCCGAAAGGGACUCUGUGGCCCAGCCUGACCAAAAUCUGCUCCGGACUCAAUCGCAUGAUCGAGGAGAAUAAACUAUGAACAGCAUUCAUGAGUGUGGGGGGAGAGAGUGUGUGAGAGAGAGAGAGAGAGAGUGUGUGAGAGAGAGAGAGAGAGAGAGAGAGAGAGUGUGUGUGUGAGAGAGUGAGAGAGAGAGUGUGUGA